UCCACUGUCAUGGCGGAGACGGAGCGGAGCAGGAGCUGAUUCAGGAAGAGAUGGUGCUGUAAAGUGGGUUACCGUACAAACUUCACUCCAACAGUUACCACCGGGACCAAGAGGACUAUCUUCUCUUUGGAGGCACCCCUGAGGACCGAUGUCGGACUUGCCUUGCCUUGCCCUGCCUUAUAUUUUGUAGUUUUUGUGCGUCUUGCUCUUGUCGGUGCGUCUACCUGCGCGGAAUCUCUUUCAGCACCGCAGUUUCCUGUUUGACAAACACUCACAAAACCUUAAAUUACAUUAUUGACAGCGCGAGAAACUAACAGAUAAACUUGCUUUGAAUGGAGACAAGGACCUGUUCUGCACAGCUGUCAACUUAACUCGAGGAGAGCGUUAUUUCCAGUAUAUUUUCCCAUAGGUUCAACUCGGAUUGAACGGCGGUAGGGUUUAACAGGUGUCCCACCUGUUACCCUCUCACCUGACGGAGUCAUGGCGAACGCAGGUGAUAGCACCGUCGGGAUCCCUAUUAGAGGAAUCCGUAUGAAGUUCGCGGUGCUAGCAGGACUGCUAGAUGCUGGAGAAGUCUCCAAUCGGGAUGUCGUGGAGACGAUCUUCAAUCUGCUGGUUGGGGGGCAGUUUGACUUAGAGAUGAACUUCAUCAUCCAGGAGACGGAGAGCAUCCUCUGCAUGGUCGAGCUGCUAGAUAAGUGUGACUUCACCUGCCAGGCGGAGGUGUGGAGUAUGUUUACCGCCGUGCUGAAGAAGAGCUUGCGUAACCUGCAGGCCUGCACUGAGAUCAGCCUCAUUCAGCUGGUACUUCAGCGCAUAGACCAGGCCGACAACAUGAUCGCAGAUCUGAUGGUGGAAAUGCUGGGUGUGCUGGCCAGCUACAGUAUCACAGUGAAGGAACUGAAGUUGUUCUUCAGCAAACUGAAAGGAGAACAUGGGCAAUGGCCCCCCCAUGCUGUAAAGCUGCUGUCUGUAUUGAGGUCCAUGGCUCAAAGAAAUGGCCCAGAUUCCUUCUUCAGCUUCCCAGGGAAGAGUGCUGCGGCCAUUGCUCUACCGCCCAUUGCAAAGUGGCCAUACCAGAACGGCUUCACCUUUCACACCUGGCUGCGCCUGGACCCCAUCAAUAACAUCAAUGUUGACAAGGACAAGCCUUAUCUCUACUGCUUCCGUACCAGUAAAAGUCUGGGCUACUCAGCACACUUUGUGGGCGGUUGUCUGAUUGUGACCUCUCUAAAAUCCAAAGGCAAAGGCUUCCAGCACUGUGUGAAAUACGACUUUAAACCCCAGAAGUGGUAUAUGGUGACCAUAGUGCACAUCUAUAAUCGCUGGAAGAACAGUGAAAUUAGCUGCUAUGUCAAUGGAGAGUUGGCGUCAUAUGGAGAGAUCACAUGGUUUGUCAACACAAGUGAUACAUUCGACAAGUGUUUCCUGGGUUCAUCAGAGACGGCAGAUGCCAACCGCGUGUUUUGCGGUCAGAUGGGGGCGGUGUAUCUAUUCAGUGAAGCUCUAAGUGCUGCUCAGAUACUCGCCAUCUUUCAGCUGGGGCCUGGAUACAAGGGCACGUUCAAGCAUAAGGCCGAGAGUGACCUGCUGUUUGCAGAACAUCACAAGAUGCUGCUGUAUGAUGGCAAGCUGUCUGCCAGUAUUGCCUUCACCUAUAAUCCCAGAGCCACUGAUGCUCAGCUGUGUCUGGAGUCCUCCCCCAAGGACAACACCUCCAUCUUUGUGCACUCUCCACACGCCCUCAUGCUGCAGGACGUCAAAGCAGUGGUGACACACUCAGUUCAGAGUGCCAUCCACUCUAUAGGAGGAGUUCAGGUCCUCUUUCCCCUGUUUGCACAGCUGGAUUACCUCCAGCACACCGGCGACGAGCUGGACACCUCUGUCUGUUGCACACUACUGUCAUUUGUGAUGGAGCUGCUGAAGGGCUCUGUAGCUAUGCAAGAGCAGGUGCUGGCCUGCAAGGGCUUUCUUGUCAUCGGUUACGCACUGGAGAAGUCUUCCAAAGUACAUGUGACACGACCUGUUCUGGAUAUCAUCCUUGCCUUUGCCCGUUACCUCAGCAACCUUCCCACUGGCAUCUUGCCACUGAAACAGCUGUGUGACCAUGUCCUCUUCAACCCUACCAUCUGGAUUCACGCCCCAGCUAAGGUGCAGUUGGUUCUCUACACCUACUUGGCCACGGAAUUCAUCAGCACUGUCACCAUCUUCAACGCCAUCCGAAGAGUAGGAACCGUACUGCAGGUCAUGCACACGCUCAAGUAUUUCUACUGGGUUGUAAACCCAUUGGACCGCAGCGGAAUCACGCCCAAGGGUCUUGACGGACCGAGACCCAAUCAGAAGGAGAUUCAUUCUCUCCGAGCGUUCCUGCUGUUGUUUGUCAAACAACUCAUCAUGAAGGAUCAUGGCGUAAAGGAAGACGAACUACAGAGUAUUCUCAACUACCUGCUCACAAUGCAUGAGGAUGAUAAUCUGAUGGAUGUUCUCCAGCUUCUUGUGGCACUGAUGUCCGAGCAUCCCGGCUCAAUGGUGCAAGCCUUUGAUCAGCGAAAUGGAAUACGAGUCAUCUUUAAGGUACUGGCAUCUAAAAGUGAAGGGAUUCGUGUGCAGGCACUCAAAGUUUUGGGCUACUUUCUCAAAUAUCUGUCACCAAAGAGAAAGUCAGAGGUCAUGCUGGGUUACGGCCUGUUCUCUCUGCUCACUGAAAGACUGAUGCUCCACGCGAACCAGUUCACCAUCACAACAUACAACGUGCUCUUUGAGAUUCUUACGGAGCUGAUCUGUACUCAGGUCAUUCACAAACAGCACCCGGACCCCGACUCCUCUGUGAAGAUUCAAAACCCACAGGUCUUAAAGGUGAUUGCUGCUCUCCUGAAGAAUACUCGUGUAGGACCAGAGAGCAUGGAAGUGAGACGGAUCUUUCUCUCGGACAUGAUCAAACUUUUCAACAACAGCCGAGAGAACCGCAGGAGUCUGUUGCAGUGCUCGGUGUGGCAGGAAUGGAUGCUGUCUCUGUGCUUUAUAAACCCAAAGAACAGCGAGGAGCAGAAGAUCACCGAGAUGGUUUACGCCAUCUUUCGCAUCCUUCUCUAUCACGCCAUUAAGUACGAGUGGGGCGGCUGGCGCGUGUGGGUGGAUACACUCUCCAUCACACACUCCAAGGUCACCUUUGAGCAACACAAAGAAAAUCUGGCCCAAAUGUUCCAUGAGUACCAGCGUAUGGGUUCUGAGGGAGGGUCUGAAACCAGAAUCAGAUCAAUCUCUGGAGUAAGCCGGGAUUCUGAGCUCCUUGCUGAUGCCAGUGGUGAGCUGCAGACAGAAGAGACAGCUCCAUCUACUGUAAUUGAGCUACACGUGGAGGAGCAGGUUGCCGAUCAGCUUGGAGACAGUGAGGAGAGCAGGACCCAAGUCACUGUCACAGUGUCCAACAUACUGGCCAGAGAAGAGAAAGAAAGAAUCACAGACAGAGCUGCAGCUUCACUAGAGCCACAAGAAGGGGUUGAAGGUGAAGAGGACACAACAAAAGAACCAGGAAAGGAUAAUGAAAUGAGAAAUGUUGAAGAUAAUCUUAAAAUGGAUGCUAAAAUCAGUGAAGAACAUGAAACGAUUGGGGUUGAGACUGGCAUGAUGAAGGCUGAAAGGGAUUAUGGAAAGGACGUAGGGGAGGUUAAAGAGAAAAAUGAUGGAGCGGAUCUACAGACAUAUGUAACAGAUGAUGCAAUGGACACCAAAGUAGAAACUGAAGCUGUGAGGAUUUCAGAGGAAACAGAUGGUAAAACGAGUGAUACUGAAACUGAACAAAAUAGUCAAGUAGAAGAUAAGGAGAAAGAGGCUCUUAGCUCUGCCACUGAAGUUUCUUCUCCAGAAGCUACAAAGGAGACUGAGAUAGAUGAAACCAAUGAAGCUUCUGAGAUUUCGGCCCAACAGGAAAACAUCACGGUUGAAGCCUCUGUCACAAAUGAAGAACACACUGUGAAGGUCUGUGAUGACAGCUUGGAGGAGUCUUCUGCUGUUUCAACUUCAGCUAGAGAUGGUGAGAAGGAUAACGGUAGUGCUGAAAAUGAAAUCGAAGGAAAGAAGAAAGAGAUUACGCCAGAAACCAAUCAAGAGGAGAUGACACUGGAAAAAGACACAAGAAUAGAGAAGGACCUCUCUAUGGCAGAGGAAAGCAAUGAUGCGUCAGCCCCCAUGGUGGAGGUAGAUUUGAACACAGAGGGUCAGAUUGCAGAGCCAGGAGCCACAGUGAGUCAGCCUAGUGAGGCAGAAAAGACAGGGGAAGCCACGGUACGUCCUACAGAGGCGGCAGAGGUUAGCCCCAGCGUUGAGGCUAUCUCACAGAAUGCAGGGACCAACCAAGACACUCUGAAGGCAACAGGGACUGAGAGCUCAGCAAUUAAAACCAAAGAGAUUAAAAUUGCUAGACUGGAUGUGUCAAGUGUAGCCUCGGAUACAGAGAGAUUGGAGCUGAAGGAGACAUCAACAACAAACCUGAGCCAAAACCAAGCAGCUGCCUCGAGUUCUUCAGGUCAGGGCAACGAGAGCUCGUCUUCAGCACGGUCCACCAUGUUCCGCAUCCCAGAGUUCAAGUGGUCUCAUAUGCACCAGCGUCUUCUGACUGACCUUCUCUUCUCCAUAGAGACAGAUGUACAGAUGUGGAGAAGUCAUUCGACUAAGACCAUAAUGGACUUUGUGAACAGCAGUGAGAACGUGGUGUUUGUACACAACACCGUCCAUCUCAUCUCUCAGGUGGUGGACAACCUCAUCAUGGCCUGCGGAGGAAUCCUUCCUUUGCUCUCUGCAGCCACUUCCUCUACGCAUGAGCUGGAGAACAUUGAGGCGUCUCAAGGUUUGGCUGUGGAGGCAUCAGUGAUGUUCUUACAGAGGCUUAUCAAUCUAGUGGACGUGCUGAUCUUCGCCAGUUCACUCAACUUCACAGAAAUCGAGGCAGAGAAGAACAUGUCCUCUGGAGGAGUCCUAAGACAGUGCCUACGUUUGGUGUGUGCGAUGGCUGUGAGAAACUGUCUGGAAUGUCAGCACCGCACUUUAGGUGCGUCUGGUGCAGAGAGCAGCCGUGGACAGCAAAGCCUUCUGGGAGCCGCCAAGUCUAUACCAGCACAGAGUCCUGUGGAUAUUGUGACGGGAGGGAUGUCUCCUAUCAGAGAUUUAGACCGGCUACUGCAGGAUAUGGAUAUCAAUCGUCUCCGUGCUGUGGUGUUCAGAGACAUAGAGGAUAGUAAACAGGCUCAGUUCCUGGCCUUGGCAGUGGUCUACUUCAUUUCCGUGCUAAUGGUGUCCAAAUAUCGGGACAUCCUUGAGCCACACAAUGACAAAAAACACGUCCAGCGCACACAGUCAACCAGGAGCACAGAAAGUGUUCAGUCUGAUCUCGAGAACAGUUUGUCAUCCCACCGACGAGACUCUAUCAUGGAAGAUGAGAAGUCCUCCAUCAUCCUUAGUGGUGCUGACAUACGGACUGGGCCAGACGCUGUAUCUGAAGCCCUGUCCACUCUGUCCUCUGAAGUCAGGAGAGGUCAAGAGGUCUCUGAUAAAGACAGCAAAGGGAAAAACGUCAAUGUCAGGGAUAUUUUGAGAAGCCUCGUUAGUGCACCAUCUGAUGACAUCAUGGUGGACCCCAGCCUUUUACCGGCAGCCUUUUUAGGUGCAGUGGGCGAUGCCUCCCGUGAUCCAUCCGUCCAGUUCCAUUCCUUUGACAGGAGUGUCGUUGUUGCACCCAAGAAAGUGGGCACAGCUCCCUCACCAGGAAUGAGCACAGUCUCCGCCUCUGCAUCCGUCCCAUCAGCUACUGCUGCGUCCUCAGGUGGAACUCCAGUCAACAGUGUAUCAGUGGUGUCUGCAGAUGAUGCUGUCCAGAGCACGGAGUCUGCCACAGGAGGAACCUCCACCAGCACCAAUCUGCCAUCUGUCCCUUCUUUAUCCCCAAUGACCCAGAGCUCCGCCCCCAGCAUGAGUAUAUCUGAGAGGUUGGAACAUGCUCUGGAGAAGGCAGCUCCUUUACUCAGAGAGAUUUUCGUGGAUUUUGCACCGUUCCUCUCACGCACGCUGCUAGGCAGUCACGGGCAGGAGCUGCUUAUUGAGGGCACAAGUCUGGUGUGUAUGAAAUCCACCAGUUCUGUGGUUGAACUGGUCAUGUUGCUGUGUUCUCAGGAGUGGCAGAAUUCCAUCCAGAAGAACGCAGGCUUGGCUUUCAUAGAGCUUGUGAACGAGGGCAGGCUGCUGAGCCACACCAUGAAGGACCAUCUGGUGCGUGUAGCUAAUGAAGCCGAGUUCAUUCUGAGCCGCCAGAGAGCAGAGGACAUCCACAAACAUGCUGAGUUUGAGUCUCAAUGUGCUCAGUACGCCGCUGAGAAACGUGAUGAGGAGAAGAUGUGUGAUCACCUGAUAAGGGCAGCUAAGUACCGAGAUCACGUUACUGCCACCCAGCUCAUCCAGAAGAUUGUGAACAUCCUGACAGACAAGCAUGGGGCUUGGGGCUGCUCCGCCAUCAGCAGACUGCGGGAGUUCUGGCGCCUGGACUACUGGGAGGAUGACCUGAGGAGACGUCGGCGCUUCAUCAGGAACCCGUUUGGGUCCACACACUCUGAGGCCACGCUCAAGGCUGCUGCAGAGCAUGCUCCAGAGGAAGACGUGCUGAAGGGCAAACAGUCCAUCAGGAGUUCAGUGCUGGGGAACCAGAACUCGGAGAGUGAGCUGCUCCUGGAGGAUGAUGACACUCUCUCAUCUCUGGAGGAAAAAGAGCUGGAGAACCUCACAGGGCCUGUUAACCUGAGCACCAGCGCACAGCUGGUUGCACCCGCUGUCGUGAUAAAUGGCACACUGUCCAUCACGGCCCUGGAGUUAUAUUUUGAGGUGGAUGAGGAAGACCCGAGCUUUAAGAACAUUGAUCCCAAGAUCUUGGCAUACACUGAGGGUUUGCAUGGAAAAUGGCUGUUCACAGAGAUCAGAGCUGUUUUCUCUCGCCGAUAUCUGCUACAGAACACUGCGCUGGAGGUCUUUAUGGCCAACAGGACUGCAGUCAUGUUCAACUUCCCCGAUGCAGCUACAGUAAAGAAGGUCGUGCACUGUCUCCCCAGAGCUGGAGUCGGCACCAAUUUUGGCCUUCCUCAGACCAGACGGAUCUCUCUGGCCAGCCCUAAACAGCUCUACAAGGCCUCCAGCAUGACCCAGCGCUGGCAGAGACGAGAGAUCUCCAACUUUGAGUACCUAAUGUUCCUCAAUACCAUCUCUGGCCGUACAUUUAACGACCUGAACCAGUAUCCUGUGUUCCCCUGGGUAAUCACCAACUACGACAGUGAAGAACUUGACCUGACCCUGCCCAGCAACUACAGAGAUCUGUCCAAGCCUAUUGGUGCGCUCAACCCAAAGAGGGCUGCCUUCUUCUCAGAACGCUUUGAAUCGUGGGAGGAUGACCAGGUGCCCAAAUUCCACUACGGCACACACUAUUCCACUUCCAGCUUUACUCAGAUGUGGCUUCUUAGGAUUGAGCCUUUCACAACAUUCUUCCUGAAUUUCCAAGGUGGGAAAUUUGACCACGCGGAUCGCACGUUCUCUUCUGUGUCCAGAGCUUGGAGAAACUGCCAGAGGGACACGUCUGACGUAAAGGAGUUGAUCCCUGAGUUCUAUUACCUUCCAGAGAUGUUUGUCAACUCCAAUAAUUACAACCUGGGAGUGAUGGAUGAUGGGACGGUGGUGUCCGAUGUGGAGCUUCCACCCUGGGCCAAGAGUCCUGAGGAGUUCGUACGCAUCAACCGACUUGCCCUGGAGAGCGAGUUUGUGUCCUGUCAGCUGCACCAGUGGAUUGAUCUGAUAUUCGGAUACAAGCAGCAGGGUCCUGAGGCCAUCAGAGCUCUCAAUGUCUUCUUCUACCUGACUUAUGAAGGAGCAGUCAACCUCAGCUCCAUAUCUGAUCCCCUGCUCAGAGAGGCGGUGGAGUCUCAAAUCAGAAGUUUUGGGCAGACGCCCUGCCAGCUGCUAAUUGAACCCCACCCCCCUCGCAGCUCUGCCAUGCAGGUGACCCCACUGAUGUUUACAGAGCAGAUGCAGCAGGACGUCAUCAUGGUCCUGAAGUUCCCGUCCAACUCGCCUGUCACCCACGUGGCUGCCAACACGCAGCCAGGCCUCACCAACCCGUCCAUCAUCACCGUCACAGCCAACCGCCUCUUCGCCGUCAACAAGUGGCACGGACUUACUGGUCAUCAAGGCUCCUCUGUGCAAGACCAGCAGUACCAGUUGCCAGUGGAGAUUGACCCUUUAAUAGCCAGUAAUGUGGGCACUCACAGGAGGCAGAUCACAGAUCUGUUAGAUCAGAGUAUCCAGGUAAACGCUCAAUGUUUUGUCAUCACGGCUGACAACCGAUUCAUCGUGCUCUGUGGCUUCUGGGACAACAGCUUCCGCAUCUACUCCACAGAUACAGGUAAACUGACACAAAUUGUGUUCGGGCAUCUUGAUGUGGUGACGUGUCUGGCCCGCUCUGAGUCGUACAUUGGCGGAGACUGUUACAUUCUCUCCGGCUCCAGAGAUGCCACACUUUUACUCUGGUACUGGAACGGGAAGCACAGCAGCAUCGGAGAGAAUCCUGGGACAGAGUUUGUGACUCCCCGGGCGAUCUUGACGGGUCAUGACUGUGAGGUGACAUGUGCCAGUGUGUGUGCAGAGUUGGGACUGAUCAUCAGCGGAUGCAGAGAGGGUCCGUGUCUGAUCCACUCAAUGAACGGUGACCUGCUGAGGACUUUGGAGGGUCCACAUGGCAACAUGCGGCCACGUUUGGUUCUGUCCUCCACCGAGGGACAUUGUGUCAUUUAUUAUGACAAGGGCCACUUUUGCAUUUUCAGCAUCAAUGGAAAACUCCUGGGACACAUGGAGGUGGAGGAUAACAUCAAGGCGAUGUUGCUGAGUAAAGAUGGACAGUAUCUGCUCUCUGGAGGAGAUGGAGGAGUUCUUUCCGUGUGGCAGAUUCAUGAUCUCAAACAGCUAUUCACUUACCCAGGAUGUGAUGCUGGAAUCCGCUCCAUGGCCAUGUCACAUGACCAAAGAUGCAUCGUCACUGGUAUGGCGUCCGGUAGCAUUGUUCUCUUCUACAAUGACUUCAACAGAUGGCACCAUGAAUAUCAAACUAGAUACUGACCCAAUGACAACAGAGGGAACACAGCAGCCGUGGCAAUGGCACAGGCAGACCCACUCUGCCACAUUUCAAAAAGGCACUAAUACCAAUAGUCAUGAAUGUAUUCUACAUAUUUAAAGAAGCAAACUAUUUUUUAAAGAUGGUUCAUUGAUAUAUUUUGUAGAUCUUUGGAAUUUCAUAUUAAAUAAAUCCUUGGGGGAGAGGUAAUGUAACUAAUAUUUGACAGAAAGAAAAAAAAUCUAUUUUUAGCUGGAAAAGUCUAUUUUCAUCUCGACUCCAGUGAAAAAGAUGGUUCUGAGUGGUCAAUAGCUAAAUGAUUUACAUCUAGUGUCCCUUGAAUUGAAUAGAUUUCUUGUGUACUUUUUGGGUGGGUGAUUGAUUUUAUUUUAUUGUUUUCAGUUGCUGUGAUUGUUUUGACAGGAUGCCUCUAAACAUGAUGUUUUGUAGUUUUAAUGGCUCCUUGAAACAGUUCUCUAAGCUAACAGAAAGCUGCCUCUAUUUUUGGAGAAAUAAGCCACUCUGCUACUGUAAGUAGAACUGUCCUGAGUGUCCUCUUCAUUCAAUUAUAUUCAUAGAAUUAGCUUUUUGAAGACAUACCAAGGCAUCUGCUUCAGAUACUCACUUUAUUAAUAGAAAUAUGUCUUCACCUUUUUCUAAUGAAGUUUUUUCGGUGUUUGUUAAAUGUGAAUCUACAUUUGAAUGAGAGUCAUUUAGAGUUGAUGGUAAUUAACCUCUUGGUUGGAAAAAAGUUAUUCGGGGUGUCUUUUUUAUCUUUUCUGUUUGUUUUUUUGUGAGCACCAUAUCUAUCAAGCAUUCAGGCAUCACAUGGAGGAAAUGCUAGUGAAAAGAGACAGGAGAAAAUAUUAAUUCAACAUCCAUUUGGAAGUGUCAUCAAACAGCGUUUUGAAUUUUCACCAAAUGUGCUUUUACCCUAAAUGUAGAGAUGAACGAGGGCCAAGCCUGAUGUACGUUAUAAUGGAGAUCUGUUAGGCUGAGAUCAAAGCUGAAACUCGCCUUUAAAGAAUACCACUGUAUUAGAUCUUCAGCACAACCAGCUCAAAGUAUAAUCCCAGAGAUUACACUCAGGGCAAGCAGGUGUCUGUGAAAUGACAAAAAAACAUUUCUUCCUUGGGUUGAGUCAACCUCGGUGUGACUCUUGACAAUGACUAAUGCAGUCUCUUUCUUUCUUUCUUUCUUUCAUAGUUAAUGCUAUCAUUAUUGUUAUAUCAUGUAAUUAAUGAGCUCUAUGGCAACAGUUUGAAAUGAGCAUCUUAUGACAUGUGUGAUGAACUCAAUAAAAUGGCAUUUUGUACCAAGAAAUUAGUUGCAAACAAUUUAUAUUAU